AUGAACAAUGAACAACCACCACCACAACAGGCUCAGACCAGACAAAUUUCGUUCAAUGUAUCAGACCAUUACCAGAUUCUUGAAGUGGUAGGUGAAGGGGCAUAUGGGAUCGUUUGUUCGGCUAUCCACAAGCCUACGAAUCAGAAGGUUGCUAUUAAGAAGAUCGAGCCUUUUGAGCGUUCGAUGUUGUGUCUUAGGACUCUCAGGGAGUUAAAGUUGCUUAAACAUUUCAAUCACGAGAAUAUAAUUUCCAUUCUUGCCAUACAGCGACCAAUCAACUUUAACUUAUUCAACGAAAUAUACUUGAUUCAGGAACUUAUGGAGACAGACUUGCACCGGGUGAUCAAGACACAGAAGCUAAGUGAUGAUCAUAUUCAAUACUUUAUUUAUCAGACGUUGCGGGCAUUAAAGACCAUGCACCUGGCCAAUGUGUUGCAUCGGGACUUGAAGCCAUCAAACUUGUUGUUGAACUCUAAUUGUGACUUAAAAAUCUGUGAUUUUGGGUUGGCUCGGUCUAUUGCCUCCAGUGAGGAUAACUUUGGGUUUAUGACUGAGUAUGUGGCCACAAGGUGGUAUAGAGCACCAGAAAUCAUGUUGACGUUCCAGGAAUAUACUACCGCCAUCGACGUGUGGUCCGUUGGAUGUAUUUUGGCCGAGAUGUUGGUGGGAAGACCAUUAUUUCCAGGAAGAGAUUACCAUAACCAGCUUUGGCUUAUUAUAGAGGUGUUAGGAACGCCUAACAUGGAAGAUUACUACAAUAUCAAGCUGAAGCGUGCCCGGGAAUAUAUUCGUUCCUUACCAUUCGUGAAGAAAGUUCCAUUUGCUAAUUUGUUCAACAGUGAUGCCAUCAACCCAUUGGCUAUUGACUUGUUGGAAAACUUGUUGGUAUUCAACCCCGCCAAGAGAAUAACAGUGGACAAUGCAUUGAACCACCCAUAUCUCAAAAUAUACCACGACCCCAAUGAUGAGCCCAUCUCAGAAAAAAUACCCGAAGAUUUCUUUGAUUUCGAUAAACGUAAAGAUGAGUUAUCGAUUGAAGAUUUGAAGAAACUUCUCUAUGAUGAAAUUAUGAAACCGUUGUGA